AUGUCGGCGUCAGCAUCGCGCGAGGCCGCCGCCUCUCUCUCGAAUCCGCCGCAGCAGGGCACGUUGGCGUUUGCAUAUCGUCGCUCGGUGGUAGCGCUGCAAAACGUAUUUGGACUCAAUCCGGACUCGCAGUACGCCGAACGCGAGCCGCUGCUGAGCAACCACGAUGGCGACGACAAUGCGCCCUCGGAUGCGAAUGGAUACGGCGCGGUGGCAUCGGGGUCGCGCGACGGUGCCUCUUCGCGUCCACGCAUCCGCAAGCCCAAGAAGAUCGUGUCGCAGAGCAAGGUGGAGGCCAAGGUGUGGUUCGCCAACGAGCGUACCUGGAUCUCGUGGCUGCGCGUGUCGGUGCUGAUCGGCUCGUUUGCGCUCGCCCUCUUCAACUCGGACGCCUUCUUCCAGCACCACAACGACGACCAUCCCGGCCACCACAACCAGUACCUAUCGUCGGGCAACAUCAAGAUGUUCGGAGCGGUCUAUGCGGGCAUCGCGGUGCUGACGCUGCUUUGGGGUCUGUAUAGUUACCAGCGAAGGGUGACGCUCAUCAAGACCAAAUACCCGGGCAACUUUGACGACCUCAUCGGCCCACCGCUCAUCUGCGCCGCGCUCUUCAUCGCUGUACUGCUCAACUUUAUCAUCCGCGUCAAACAGCGCGACUACGAGGGCCAUCACUGA